AUGUCUGCAAAUCGGCCACUACAAUCUGUGUCAGAUGGAACGAGCGGGCUGCACACAUUUCUUCCGCUGGCCUUUCGCUUGAAGAAGCAGGCUGAUGUUGCGGCGCCAAGAGACGUCUGCAAGAGCCGCAUUAGCUUGCCCGACAACGUCAGCUUCCUUGAUGUUGGGCUACCGACAGAGGUUCCCAGCGAUGACGAGUCACCGAACGUGACCGAUGACGAUGGCUUUUUCGACGAUGAGGAUAUCCUUCAGUCCAACGCACAACGUCGGACGCGGCGGCUUCAAGCAAAGCGCAUAUCUGGCAUCAGUGAUAGACCGCUGCGAGUGACGAUUGGUGGUCGCAUUGGAAAGACGCGGCCGUCUCAACAGAGGCGUACAGAGCAAAGACACCGCAUCAAUCCCAUCGGCCUCGGACUGGGAAGCAGGUCUCGGCGUCUGCUCCCGUCGCGACAAUUCCUCCGUCGAAAAGCCCCGGCGGUUGUACCGGUUCCCUCAGAGGACAUCUUGGACGCCAUCCUGGCCAUUCCUGGCUUCUCCUUCUCCGUUUCGAUGUGGAUGGGAAGCAGCCUGGGAUCCCGUCUCGGACGACUGCUGGCUGAUCCAAACAUUGUGCGCAAGUGUGGUCACUCUCUGAAGCGCCGCCGGCUGCCCAACUUUCUUCUCACCAUGCUGGCAUUUCCCAUUCGUGCCCACCAUGGCCGCGGCAUCUUUGAACGGGACUGCGGGUAUGCACCUGGUGACGAGCACGACCUAGCAUUCUGGCGGCGCUUUGCUGGGGCAUUUGGCCUGUGGCUUGGGCUCGAUUCAAAAUUGCAGGCUGCCACCCAGGACGAGGAGCUUGACCCAUUUUUUGGCGGAGCCGUCCUGCGCGAUCUCACCACCUUUCUCAGCUCGUCUCGUGCACGGUUCUUGGGCCUUGAACGCGAACCUCGGCAACAGGAUGAGCAGCUCGCGCUGUUCAGGCAAUUGGCCCCACAGAUAGACAACCGGCUUAAAGCAUUGCGGACCAGGAGACGAAGAACUAUCAUAGGGGAAGAGGCGGACGAUGACGAUGACGACAACGGUGAAGUCGAUGCCUGCGACGUUGCGAUGCAGGAUGAUGGCCGAGUGUCGUCCCAGACGACAUCGAAUCAACCAACACAGCUGCAGCGACGUGUGAGUGUGGCGACAGAUGCCUGGGUGCUGUUUCUUGAAAAGUCCCGCGAAGUUGAUUUUGAUCUGGAUAUGCUAGCUGCGAUGUGUAUAUAG